UGCAACGGUUUCGUCGGGACAGCUAUAGCCCCCGCUAUCUUCUCCGCGCAGAUGAACUCUACCGCGCAAAGCUGUCCUCGUUGUCUUCCGGACGAACAGAAACAUGACACGGCCUGGUCGCGAGCUCACUUCGCUGCGGUUCGAGAAACUUUUUCAGUCUAUUCUUCAACGCACCCGGGGGUUCAUUUGCGUUGACGACAACAGGAAGAAAAACCACCUCAUUGCUGGUCUCUUGCAGGCUAGAUCACUUGCAUCAGGCAAUCAUGCGAUCCUUGCGGCGUACUUCGUGGUGCACGAAUCUCCUUCGCAUUUCCCAAAUCAAUCCGGACAUCCCGGAGACGGUCAGGCCUCUGUCCCCCAGUCCUUGUUGUUCCCUCAGACGACGGCAGUUUAUCUCGUGGAAUUUGGCAUCCUUCAUCUGUAUACGUUCUCCCGGCGCGAAUUGCGUCCACGUCCCGCCGGCGCUGAGUUCACGCGCUCCGCCUUUUUUCGCGUGUUUCAGCCAAACUGUGUCGCAGAAGGGAUAUUUGGUUCGCUGGCCCCAAACGUUCUCCCGUUUUCGAUGGCAUACCGCUUCAUCGUCAUGUGACCAAUCGUAUCUUGGGGACUGUCCAAUGUCCCGUCGGGCGCAUCCAAGUGUUUCUCAAUCAGUUUUUGAGCAACCCAAUUUGGCGGUGUUGGGGUGUGGUCGCGGUUUGCGGCCCGGUUUCCUCGACCCACAUCGUGUCGCCGGCCUACAGGCAGUUGGAACAACGAAACAUGUGGCGGACGCGCGCGCGGCUUUUCCAGUGAAUUCCGUUUCAUGUACAUAUGUCGCGUUACAGAAGGCACAUGCAUGCACUCGGCAAUAUGGCGUUCAAACUCUCCAUGCCCGACAUCCAUCUCGCAUUUGCGCCUGUCCUGGCGUCGUGGUCGGUUCAGUAGUAGCGAGUUAUACCGGCGUGACGACACCCCAGAAACAUAUGUUUCUCUUCCUCGCUGCACAGAAGCGUUAGGUGAGGUGGGACACCAGCCCGAUAGAACCACCGCUCCGAUUACGAUGCGAAUCGUUAGCUGCUGUUUGGGAGCAAAAAACCUGCGGGUGGAAUCUCUCGAUCGGUAUAAGUAAGCAACUUCGGUGCGUCAGGUAUCGUACAUAGUUUUCCGUCACGGCCUUCGCCAACGUUUUGUGGAGCGAACAAGUCUCCCCAGCCCGACAAUCUCGCGCCGCUUCAGUUAUAUCCCACGCCAUCUUCUUCCGUAUAUAAGCGCCGAUGUUUUCGCUCAAAAUAACGCACUACGACGUG